CGGAGCGGGCGAGGCAGCGCGGAGCAGAGGCCGGGCCGGCAGCCGCUCCGCCUCCCCACUCGCAGGCCCCGACGGUCGCGCCGCGGGCUCUCCGGGUGCCCGAGGACAGACGCAUGGCGCCCCGGGAGACGCGCUGAGCCCGGGUCGCGGCGCCGCGGGCGGCACCAUGGCCCUGGAGCAGACGCUUCAGGCGGCGCGCCAGGGCGACCUGGACGUGCUGAGGUCCCUGCACGCCGCCCGCCUGCUGGGGCCCUCGCUGCGCGACCCGCUGGACGCGCUGCCAGUGCACCACGCGGCCCGCGCCGGCAAGCUGCACUGUCUGCGCUUCCUGGUGGAGGAGGCCGGUCUGCCCGCCGCGGCCAGCGCGCGCAACGGCGCCACGCCGGCCCACGACGCCGCCGCCACCGGCCACCUCUGCUGCCUGAAGUGGCUGCUCUCUCAGGGCGGCUGCGGAGUGCAGGACAGAGACAAUUCUGGUGCCACAGUCCUGCAUCUGGCUGCCCGCUUCGGCCACCCUGAGGUGGUGGACUGGCUGCUGCGUCACGGCGGUGGGGACCCCACGGUGGCCACAGACACAGGCGCCCUGCCUGUUCACUACGCCGCCGCCAAAGGAGACUUCCCCUCCCUGAGGCUUCUCGUCGGCCACCACCCUGAGGGAGUGAAUGCCCAAACCAAGAACGGUGCCACGCCCCUGUACCUGGCGUGCCAGGAGGGCCACCUGGAGGCGACGCAGUACCUGGUGCAGGAGUGCGGCGCGGACCCGCACCUGAGCGCCCACGACGGCAUGACCCCGCUGCACGCCGCGGCGCAGAUGGGCCACAGCCCGGUCAUCGUGUGGCUGGUGAGCUGCACCGACGUGAGCCUGUCGGAGCAGGACAAGGACGGCGCCACGGCCAUGCAUUUCGCGGCGAGCCGCGGUCACGCCAAAGUGCUCAGCUGGCUCCUGCUGCACGGCGGCGAGAUCUCGGCCGACCUGUGGGGCGGGACCCCGCUGCAUGACGCCGCCGAGAACGGGGAGCUGGAGUGCUGCCAGAUCCUGGUAGUGAACGGCGCGGAGCUGGACGUCCGCGACCGCGACGGGUACACGGCCGCCGACCUCGCGGACUACAACGGCCACAGCCACUGCACCCGCUACCUGCGCACCGUGGAGAACCUGAGCGUGGAGCACCGCGUGCUGUCACGGGAUCCAUCCGCUGACCUGGAGACCAAGCAGCCUGACUCGGGCAUGUCCUCACCCAACACCACCAUGUCGGUCCAGCCACCGAACUUUGACCUCAGCUCGCCCACCAGCACCCUCUCCAACUACGACUCCUGCUCCUCCAGCCACUCCAGCAUCAAGGGCCGGUGCCCCCUGCAUGGGCUUCCCAGCACGAGAGCUGCAGACAUACAGAGCUACAUGGACAUGCUGAGCCCAGAGCCGGGCCUGCCCCGGAGCAGGAUGGAGAGACCCAAAGCACCACCGCCACCACCCAGCUUCCCUCCACUGCCCUCACCCCCAGGCACCCAGCUGCCCCCACCCCCGCCAGGCUACCCAGCUCCCAAGCCCCCCGCGGGGCUACAGGCAGCUGACAUCUACACGCAGACGAAGAACAAACUCCGCCACGUGGAGACCGAGGCCUUCAAGAAGGAGCUGAGCUCCCGCGACGGCCGCAACGGGCUGCGGAGGCAGGACUCCAGCCGCAAGCCCCGCGCCUUCAGCAAGCAGCCCAGCACGGGGGACUACUACCGCCAGCUGGGCCGCUACCCCGGGGAGCCGCUGGCCGCGCGCCCGGGCAUGGCGCACAGCGAGGAGGCGGCGCAGCUCCCCGGGAACCACGUGCACAACGGCUGCGGCGCGGACCCCAAGACGUCCAGGGAACUGCCCCCGCCGCCCCCGCCGCCGCCGCCCCUGCCCGAGGCCCUGAGCUCGCCGCCGCCCGCUCCUCCUCUGUCCUUCGAGGGCUCUGGCCCUGGCUGCGGGCAGCGUCGCUCCUCCUCGUCCACUGGCAAAGUGAGAGUGCUGAGACACAGGAAGAGCACCAAGUCUUUCAACAUGAUGUCCCCGACGGGCGACAACUCAGAGCUACUGGCUGAGAUCAAGGCGGGCAAGAGUCUGAAGCCGACGCCGCAGAGCAAGGGGCUGACCACGGUGUUCUCGGGCAGUGGGCAGCCGGCCUCCCAGCCCGACUCGCCGCUGCCGCUGGCCUCGCCGGCACCGUCACGGGCGCGGAGCCCCACCCCGCCGGCCGCGGGGUCCCAGCCACUGCUCAACGGCAGUGUGGCGCCGGCGCCGCCUGCCACCCCUGCGCCGGGCGUGCAGCUCGACGUGGAGGCGCUCAUCCCCACGCACGACGAGCAGGGCCGGCCCAUCCCCGAGUGGAAGCGCCAGGUGAUGGUGCGCAAGCUGCAGCUGAAGAUGCAGGAGGAGGAAGAGCAGAGGCGGAAGCUGACGGCCGCCAGCUCGUGCUGCUACCCCCGCGAGGGCUGGAGGUACUCCCGCGAGCACAACGCCAUCCUCGGGCCCUUCGGCGAGCUCAUGACCGAGGCCGACAUCCUCCGCAUCGAGCAGCAAAUCGAGAACCUGCAAGUGUUGCACAAGGCGCAGAAGCUGGAGGCGCGCCUGGAGCAGCUGGAGUUGGAGCUGGAGCAGCUGCUGCCCAUCUCGGCCGCCCUGUCGGCGCCGCGCUUCACCGUCGACCCGCGCCGCAUGCACGGCCGCGCCGCCAGCCUGCCUGCCUGGUGCAGCAAGAUCUCCACGCUGCUCAAGAGCAUGGCCUCGCUGCUGGCCGCGCUGGGCGGACGGCCCGCGCACCUGGCCGAGCUACUUGCCGCCGAUACAGGCCAGCCGCUGCCGCCGCUGACCGACGCCCCCUGGCGGCCGGGUCCGCUCUGCUUGGGCCGCUCGCAUUCGCUCAGCUGGUGCCGCGAGGCCGUGGCGCGCGAGAUCCUCGAGUGCGGCGUCUCGGUGCGGCACCUCCGCGCCACCUACGAGCGGCGCGCCCAGGGCUCGGCGCCCGCGUGCGGCCCGCCCCGAAAGCUCUCGCUGCCCGCCGGCGCCCCGCGCCGCGAGCCCAUCCUCGAGGAGGACUACGUGGCGGCCGGCACCGGCGAGCCAAGCGCCGCCGCCGCCAACGGCCUGCCAGCCGCGGGGGAGCCCCUGGGCGUCCUGGGCCCGCCCGAGGCGCCAGGCCGCCAGGCGGCGCUGCCCGAGCCCGAGCAGUUGGCGCGCAGGCCGCCACCCUCCACCGAGCUGCGAGGCGUCCAGGACUACAUCGACAUGCGCAAGGAGCGCAUCGUCUACCUUUUCCUGGAGCACUGGCGCAAGUGGACCUUCCGCGGCCCCGGGCGCCACGCCCAGGUGCGCCUGCGCAGACUGCUGCCCCGCGUGGUGGCCGCCGGCGCCGACCCCGGCCCGGAGGCCGCCGACGCCUCCCAGCCGCCGGCGAGCGAUGGCCCGGACGAGCGGCUGCUGCGCCUGCUGAAGCAGCGGCAGGUGGUGGGCAAGCUGCUGGGCCACUGGCGGAGCCUGCUGCGGCAGGUGCCGGCACGCCAGCCUCUCGGCCCGAGCCUGGCACACGGCUUGUACUGGCCCGAGCACUUCUUGCCGCCCCUCGACGGCGGCGCGCCCCGGCGCUACGACAGCCUCACGCUCGACCUCUUCAUGCUCGGCUACUUCCAGCUGCUCGAAAUGGGCCUGAGCCGCGAGGAGCGCAAGUUUCGCCACCUGCUGUGCUACGAGAUGUUCGACCGGCUGGGCAGCCACCCGUGGGAGCUCAUCCGUCUCUUCCACCGCGUGGUACUCGAGGAGGUGGAGGCCGGCCGGCGCGGCUGGAGCGACGGCUUCGAGGACCUCAGGCGCCAGUUCUUCGGAGACACCCCAGAGGCUGAGACGGCCCGGGAAGAAAAGGUGGAGAAAGAGCAAAAGGAAGGGACAGAUAAGGAAGAGAGGGAGCCCACCGAAGACGCCGCUCCAGCUCAGACGGGCGACUGGCCAGAAGGGCAGCCAGAGGCGCCGGCCCCUGCGCCGCAGCCCCCGUCCCCACCCCCGCCAGCCGCGCCUCCCCCGACGCCGGACCCUCCUAGUUCCGAAGUCCCCGCCGAAGAACCCCUGGAGCUGGUAUCUGAGAUGGGCGAGUUCAGCAAUGAGGACAUCUGCCGGUACAUCGACCGCAGCUUCUCCUUCUGGAAGGAGAAGGAGGCAGAGCUUUUUGACAUCUGAGCCGCAGAAUUCGGAAUUUACCCUCAAGCGUCUUAACCCGGGCCUGGAUGCCUGUCUGAUGCCCUCCAGAGGUCAGAAUACGGCAGGAAGAAACCAGGACAGGACGAGUGGCCUUGGAAAAGCCAGAGUGCCCAGAACCAGGCUGCCUCAGCCUUUGAGAUCCCACGGUGGCCGGUUGUGGGGUGUUGGCCGGAAUGGGCAGGGCACGGCACAGAGCCAACCAGGUGUCCCCCUCUGGCUCUCCAGCGAUGCCUGGCUCCGUGUGGAGCCAGGUGGAAGAAGCAGCCCCUCUGAGUGCGGGACUGUGGGUCCCCCUUGGGGCAGUGUGGCUCUCUUUCUCUCUUUGCUUUUUCACUGGAGUUCACAGCUACCUGUUUGGCUGAGGUCAAGGGAGCCACAUGUGCGGUGUUCGUGUGACGUGUCCAGACCCUUUCUCCUCUGUAACAUGCAAGUAAUAAAACACUUUGCUGUAAGCUGCCUGUGUUGGAUGCCCCCACCCCCAUGUCAUUGCAGCCACACGAUUGUAGAGCUAGCGUCUACCCCCUCUCAGAAUAGGACAGGCAUGGGACAGAAGGUCCUUCACAGUGGAACCAGGGACCGGCCUGAGCCUCUCUGAGCAGGCAGGAUCUGUGGAGGCCCAAGUAUGAGUCUGCCCAGAGAUUCUGGGCCAGGGGCCUGGAGCCAUCUAUCCACCCCCCCUGCCCCCCACCUUGGGGAGGCUCCCCCUCUGCUCCUCUCCCACACCUCCUACUCUCAGCUCUGACCUCUCUGGCGCCGCCUCUGGGACACGGGGGCCUGAGUCUUCAUCCAUUUGCCCUAUAGAAGGGCAUCAAAAGAGUCUCUUCCUGCGACCCCAUCUGUGUCCCGUUGUCCCUGACUCAUGCAGGUCCCCUGGGUGGGGGAGCACCCCCGCUGACCCCCGU